AUGACUGACCAGUACGCGGUCCUCAUUCGGCUUCCGUUUCCGCGAGGUGACUUUCAAGACCCUCCCUCGGUGGACUGGGAUGCCAAGAAGGAGAGAGCGCUUUGGGAUUUAAUUUCCCGACCAUCAAAAGAUGGUCUCGAUUGGAAUGAACUGUCCGAGCGCUUUGGAGUCACCCUUCAAUUUUUGCAGCAGCAGGUUGCAUGGCUCUAUGAAAGACAACUUACCCAGGCGCGCGCCCAAAUGCGCAAAGCGCCCCAGCAACUUCAAAUACAUUCAAAUUCGCCCUCCCCAGCCCCAGGAUCUGUGGCUGGAAGUACCGCACUUGGUGGUCAGCCACAAAGACCACCUGUAGCUGGCUCUCGCGGCAUGUUCCGCCAAGUUUCGCAGCAGCGAGAGGCUCUUCAGCCUGCUCCCACCGACCGAAGACUGAGCUCUACAUCAACCACAACUAUCAACCGAGUCCGCGAUACAUCCCGAACUGACACACCGAUCACUGAUGGUCGAGAACAGGGAGUGGGGAGCAGUACUCGUCGACCUUCCGUUCCCCGUCGCGAGCAACCUCAAAGCACUUCAUUCAUGCGGUCACCGCCUCUCAAAGAAGAGGAUUUGAGCUCAAGCUCCGAAGAAUCGGACUCCGAGGAAGAGACUUCACCCCGUCGCUUCCCGCGCUGGCGCAAUUUCGGAAAAUACUCCGAGCAUCAGUCCCGCGCUGGUAUCCGCGACGAUGAGGACGACGAUGACGAUGCGCCCGCUUUCCUCCCCAUGCCCCGACACGAGCAACUACCACGAGAACACCCCAGCGAAAGAGUAAGCCAAGAAUUAAGUGGCACUCUGCGACUAGAUGCCGAUCAAGCAUCAGCCGUCUGGCCUCCAACCCAACGCAGGCCUGUGUUCUUACCAACAGAUGCAGAGUCAAGCGCCAGCUCAACCGGAAUGAGCUCUGCAAGCUCCACUGGCCCAAAUCAUCCAGCGAGGGGCGAUGAUCGCCGAGCUCCUCUGCGGAGUCCCCGUAGCGGCGGCCGGGCUACAGAACAGUCGCGCGCAAGCCCACGCAGCAAGGGUGGGGUGAAUGGCAGUGAUGGCACACCCAGCAUGGGCAGCAGCUUUAGUGACUUGGAUGAUACCAGUGUGACCCAAUCAGCACUCGAAGAAGCUCUCAUGAGCAACAUGCAACAAGGCGGUAUGGCGAGCCGCAUGAGUACGAUCAGCCAAGCCCUUCGAAGCCGAUAUCUCCAGUAA